AGGAUAAUACCACCGGUGAUUGCAUGCAAGUUGGCAAGGAAAGCAACUUCCCCUUUCUCUUCCGCUAUCCGUGCGAUCAAGACAAGUCUUCGCAGUUGGUCAAUCCGCUGGCCUUGCCAAGCCUCAUCUGGAGUAUGCAUCAGCAGUUCGAGCGCAGUGCCCAGCACGUGCAUUUGGCCUACAGCUCCUUCUGUGGUGCUCAUGGAGCCUUGUCCAGCUUGGCGUUUCAGCAGAUCUUCGCGGGCGAGAGCCGGCGCCGCAUAUCCAGGAAGGUCUCGGAAUGUCACUUCGCGCCAGUGAUCCGCUUUGGAACUUUCGUGGAGACGGGGAUCAUCUACGACAAGACCAGUGGGGAUUGGCCCAACUGGAACACCUUGUUGGCCGACAACCCAGUUCUUUGUCCUCCGGGCGAAGCACUGACAGGUUUCAAACUCGAGUCCGGCUCCAACAAGUACAUGUUCGAGUGCAGCCGCAUUGGAGGCUUGGGCAUCCAGUACGAAUACUUCAGUGCACAGGUGGAAGUCACGAAGUUUGACCACGUACGAAACAACUGGCUUGGAGCUGUCAGGAUGCUGAAGGUGGACUGCGGCGAGAAUGCCCUGCUGAGCGGCUUCCAUUUCGAGUUUUCGGAAGGAGGUCGGUGGGCCCGUUCCAAGUACACCUGUUCCAAAGCCGGUGGUGCCCCAGUGGUCAUGGAACCCAGCACCACCAUCGAGAGUCGGUUCCACAGUGCGGAAGGCAUCUUCUGCCCCAAGUUCCGCGACAUGACGACCGGACGAUACCGGUAUGAGAACACCGCGGCCAGUGGUGAGACCUUGACGUUCCAAGAGGAUGGGCGCUGGUGCAUCGGCAACUCCUGUUCCAAGAAGAUUGGCGGAGAGAAUCCGAUCGGUGCCAUCCUGGAGCAAUUCGAGGUGGCAAAUGUCACGGACUUCGACGGUGAAUUCGAAGCGAAAGGUGUGCCGGACAUGAGUGCCGGGUCGGGGGGUCUGGCGGCGCAAUUGAAGUUGCUGAAGCCGCCCAAGCGGCCAGCGCAGCCGCCCAAGCCCAAGCUCCAGGACUUCAAGGCGGAACAACCCAAGUACUCAGAGGAGUGCCUGGACUACGAAGACCUCUGGAAGAAGGUCAUCGAAACCACCAAGGGGGAGGAUGACGAGCCGGUGACGGAGGAAGCAAAGCUGGAACCCGAUGAAGGCACCGUGGAUGAGGAGCUUGUGGAUUAUCAUCCUUGUGCAGUGGCAGCCAGUGCGGGUGGCGUCUUCGGCAAGAUCGCCGGGCAGAGCGGCAAACUGGCGCCGGAGAACAUGCUCUACUCGGAUUGGAACGACUGCAUGCAAGGAGAUAUCAACCGCGACCUCUACGUCGCACAUUGGGACUUUGCAGGGGCGCUGCAUGGCAUUUUCACGGACUUGGUCGAGAAGAUCGCUGGAAUGGUCUGCAGUCUUCCACCAGACUUGGAGAUUGCACCUUUGGGAGCAGGUAUCCAGGUGCAGCCUGGAAAGCAUUGCGACAAGUUCAGCAUGUUGGCGACUUUCCUGGGCGAAUUCCCCUACGAUUUCAUGGAAGCGGCCAACUCCUACGCUGUGGAGAACGAGGGUUUCAUGGCCUGCAAUCCCUUCCAGGCUGGGCUUGGUGUGCGCGACGCGGUCAUCCGCGGCGAUCGCACCAUCAUCCGCAACCUGGAAAAGGCCACCAAGAUCUCCAACGACAACAUGAAGAAAAUGGUGGAGUGGUCCACCGAGGCCAACCGAGUGGAGACCGAAUAUCUGGAUAAGAAGAUCGACCACUCCUUGAAGGUGACCACGCUGCACCUGCAGACAAUCCUGGCUCACGUGGAGCCCAAGGAGCAGCUGCUCAGCGUGGCCAGCUCCACGGAAGCCAUGCUGCAGGAGAUGCAGGGCCUUGCGCAGGCGGCCUCCUUUGGCCCCCGGAAACGCCUGGCCGGCAGCGCCCUGAACCGCUUCUUAGACUCCGCCCAGCUGUUGGAGUCCACAGGCAACCUGACCAACAAGGCUCAACGCGCAGGUGAGUUCCAGGCGCAAGUGGUCUCCUUGUACCAGUCGCUCCAGAGCAGUGGCGAUGGUGUCAGCAAGGCAGAGGUAGUGGCAAAGCAAGUGGCGCGGGAGGUGGAGAAAUUGCAGCACGACCUGCACAAACAGCAGCAAGUGCUGGGUGUCUACCGACAUCAGAGCCACAAAGCCAAGGAGGACGCCAAGAGCUGGAAGAGUAGUGAGGCGGCAGUGACCCUGGACCAUCUCUGGUGGAAGAUCCGCAACAAGUUGGAUCAACACUUGGACGAAGCAGAGGAAGAAGUGGCGCGCUACCGGGUCACUUUCAAACAUCUGAAGGAGUAUGAGGGCUGUAAGACGGGCUUGAAGGAUUUGUUCGGCAGCUACGCCAAGAGCAUGAAGAGGAUGCGGAAGAACCAUCACAAACUGCACAGCCUCUGGCGUGAAACCUCCAACUUGCGCUUUGGCACCAGUGGAUCGUUGGGGAAGUGGAGGAACCAAAACGCUGCGAAGGCCGACGAAAAUUUCGUUGAUGUUUGGGGUUUUCACCUGUUUUUUUUUUUUUAA